UACACAUGAUUCCGGUUACGAGUUACACGCAAACACUUUAAAAAGUUUAAAUAGUGGUUUAUUAUAUAGUCUAGAUCUAGAAUCUAGAGCUACAUCUAUAUCUACAUCUAGAUACAACUAAUAGUAAUACCCAAGAACAAAUGUCUGGAAAAAUAAAACAAGUUAAACAGAAAUCCUCAGCUAACGCUGCUGAAACUACCACACAAUCUUUGAAUGAAAAGAUUUUAAGAGAAUGUCACGGACUCUACAUGGAUCCAGAAAAUGGUUUAGUCAAAAUUGCGGAAAGUUUAGGUUUGAAUUUGCUGGCUCCAAGAAAGAAAAUCACAGUUUUGUUGAUUGGCAACCAUUCAGCUGGGAAAAGUUCAUUCAUCAAUUGGUAUGUUGAAGAACAUGUACAACGUACUGGAGUGGCUAUCGAGACUCAAGGAUUUACAGUGGUCACUAGCGGCAGGAAAAGGGAAUCACUUACAGGGAAUGCCACAUUUCAUCUCUACCCAUACCUGGAACCUCUGCGGCAAAUCGAAGGUGUAUCAGAUUACCUGAGUACAGAGAUCUCCACUUCCAAGCAGAAGAAAUUUAGUUUGGUGACUUUUAUUGACACCCCAGGCCUUGUGGAUGGAGACAUGAAGUAUCCCUUUGAUGUGAACAAGGCAAUCACUUGGCUAGGUGACACAGCAGACCUGAUCUUUGUUUUCUUUGAUCCAAUUGGUCAAGCUCUAUGCAAGAGAACACUGCAGCUAGUAGAGCAGUUAAAUGAGAAACAUGCUGAGAGGAUUAAAUUUUAUCUCAGUAAAGCUGAUGAAGCUGGACAUGAGAGUGAUCGACAGCGUGUGAUGAUGCAAAUUGUACAAGAGCUGUGUAAAAGACCAGGCUUGAACCGUACAGGAUUUGAUAUGCCAACCAUUUAUGUCCCUUCAUUAAACCUCAAGGGUAGUAGGUGUGCCAAUCAAAUAGAAGAAGUGUGUAAAGAGAUAGAGAAAACCAUCAACCAGACAAUCCAGAAUACAUUGAACUCACUGGAGAGAGACUGUGACCAGAUUUAUCAGUUAGUGGAAGACAAGUUGAGAGAAGACAGUCUUCGUAGCUCACGUAACAUGAGAGCUAGGUUUCAGGGAUUCUGCUAUGGCCUUGUAGGAAUGAUUCUACCAGUAUUGUUGCUUGUCACUUUUCUCAUCAGUUCUGCUCACUCUACACUGAAUUCAUUGCUGGGGAGUAACUUGAUGCUGACAUUAGACAUUUAUCUGGGCUCUCUAAGUUCCUUGUGGAGAAGUGUACCUAAAGACUACACAUCUUAUGUUAUUUUUUUCAUUCUUGGAAUGGCUCUUGUCAUGUUGCUGGUGGCCAAAUAUUCAUCAAGAACUGUUCCAACAUUGAGCAGGAAACAGAAAAAGAAACUCAAUGAGAUCAGUGACUAUGUGCUCAGCACUGUGAAAAACAAAAAGCAAACCUUGUAUCAAGAGUAUCUGAGACAGAGUGUAGCUGAACAAGAUCUUUAGCCAGCUACAGGAGAACUAGUUGGAGGCCUACAUCUGUUGGUUGGGUCAGGAGGAACAGAGUUUUGUGGUUUGUUUGGGCUGGAAUUGUUACAAUAUUUUUUAUUUUGUUAUUUUUAUAGAAUGUAUUUUUCUUUAUAUAUUUUUUUCCUAGAACUCAUUUGACUGUUAUCAAUUUCUCUUAAGUAUAUUAUUAGAAAUAUAUUGACAAAAUAACUUUCUGUUACUUCAACUAUUGCUUAACAGUUGCAAUAAUCUUCCUACCAAAAAGUAUGCAAUUUGUUUGCCAAAAUGAAAUGUGUAUUUAAGUGUAAUGUGUAGAUCUAUCUUUUAUUAUGCCAAAAUGAAAUGUGUAUUUAAGUGUAAUGUGUAGAUCUAUCUUUUAUUAUGCCAAAAUGAAAUGUGUAUUUAAGUGUAAUGUGUAGAUCUAUUUUUUUUUUUUUAGAAUUUAAAACAAGUGAGUUGUAUGUUUGUGUGAACACAAAAUGUGUGGAAGUUGAUAAGAUUUCUAGGUCAGUGACAGUAGAUUUCUAGUCAGUGACAUAUACUAGCUUAGUCUAAAUCUUUCCAUUCAUUCUAUGACUAUAUUAGUCUUCAUAUGUUUACCAAGAUAAAUUUGUUGAUUUCUUGAGCUCAAAUACAAUGUUUCUGUGUAUUGGAUACCAUUUCAUUAGUAUACAUAAACAUUGAACUGUCUUGUGACACAGAACAAAUUGUUGAUAUUUUUAUCUCCUAAGAAUAUUGUUGAAUAAAAUAAACAUGUUUCAAAGAAUGAUAAAUAAUGAUUCAAUAAAGUCUAAAACAUUAACAUCA